AAAAAGUGUCCAAAGUGAGAGUCCCCCGCAAUAAUAAUGCUUGGGAUGAUGUCAUUUGAGAAUAUAAUAAAGUUUUAAAGGUCCAAAACCAAAAUUAGAGGGAUCUCGUCCUUCACCUAACCCUCUCUCACAUGCUUGUUCAUCGGUCAAACACUUUCUCAAACUCUUUAAUCGGAGAAAAAAAAAAUGGAAGCAGUUACGGCGAUAAAGCCACUAAUCAGAGUCGGCUCUCUCCGUAAAACCUCUUUCAACACUGGUCUCCUCCGCGCCGCGAUUGAGUUAACGAAAGAAUCGGUUCCAGGAAUGCAAAUUGAGUAUGUAGACAUAUCUCCGUUACCGUUGAUUAACACCGAUCUUGAAGUCAACGGUACAUAUCCUCCGGUUGUUGAAGCUUUCCGGCAAAAGAUUCUUGAAGCUGAUAGUAUUUUGUUUGCUUCUCCUGAAUACAAUUUCUCUGUUUCAGCUCCACUGAAGAAUGCUCUUGACUGGGCUUCGAGAGCACCUAAUGUUUGGGCUGACAAACCCGCUGCCAUUAUAAGCACCGGUGGAGGUUUUGGUGGAGGAAGAUCACAGUAUCAUCUACGACAAAUCGGAGUAUUCCUUGAUCUUCAUUUCAUCAACAAACCUGAGUUUACUCUCAAUGCGUUUCAGCCGCCUCAGAAAUUCGACGAAGAAGGAAACCUGGUCGAUGAAGCAGCUAGGGAGAGGUUGAAACAAGUCCUUGUCUCGUUACAAGCAUUUACACUUCGACUUCAAGGUAAGUAAGUCAAGUGGGUCAAAUCUCUGAUCAUUUGUGAGAGAUCGUUUGUGUUAAAUGGAAAAUAAUGACAAUGUGUGUUUCACUUACCGUAUAGUACACUUUGUACUUCUCAUUAAUAUUGGUAUACACAAACGAGUGAUGAUAUUUUAAUAUCGACCAUCAUUGUCUU